GCUCUCUCUCUCUCUCUAUAAACUGAGCAAAACUCCGGCGAGAGGAAACGCCAUCGUUUCAUUCGUCUGACUAAAGUUUCCACACUAUGGGUAAAGCUUCACGGUGGUUUAGGAAUCUAUUCGGUCUUAAAAACACCGAACCGGGUUAUCCGGAUCCAUCCCUCGAGACGCCUUCUCGCUCUUACACAAAACGCCGAUGGAGCUUCGUCAAAUCCAAACGAGAAAAAGGAACCGCAACGCCGAAUCAGCAUCCUCCUCCUCCGUCGUCGCUACCGAACUCUACGCCUCCACCGUCAUCAUACUACCCCAAGUCAUCUCCGUCUCCGUACCACCAAUCGUCUCCGUCGUCUCAAGCACGGAGGCGGAAACAGAAGCCUGUGUGGGAGGACGAGGGUGACGACGAUUCCGCCAAGCAUGCGAUUGCGGUGGCCGCCGCGACUGCUGCCGUUGCUAAAGCCGCCGUCACCGCCGCUAAUGCCGCAGCUGCUGUCGUCAGGCUCACGAGCAAGAGCGGAAGGAUUAUGCGCAGUCCCGUCACUGCGAAUUUUAGCAACGGAUUCGAGGACGUGCCGGCGUAUGUUAGCAAGUUCGACGGGCACGGAAGUGGCCGCGGCGUUUGUGAAGAUCUUGCGGCGAUUAAGAUACAAUCCACAUUUCGCGGUUAUUUGGCAAGGAGAGCCUUAAGGGCACUCAAGGGAUUGGUCAGGCUUCAAGCUAUAGUUAGAGGCCAUAUCGAACGAAAGAGAAUGUCAGUCCAUCUGCGUAGGAUGCAUGCUUUGGUUCGAGCUCAGGCUUGUGUCCGUGCCUCCCGGGUUACUGUCACGUCUGAAUCCUCUUCUUCUCAAUCCAACAACACCAAAUCUUCUCACUUCCAAAACCCCGGUCCACCAACGCCGGAAAAACUAGAGCAUUCCAUCUCUUCUCGCAGCUCCAAGCUCGGUCAUUCUCAUAUUUUCAAGAAGAACGGUUCUAAGGCAAACAACAACAACAGACCGUACGCUGGUGCUCACAGAGAAGUUUUCUCAGCCAUGAACGAAGAAGAAAAGAUCCUUGAAAUCGACAGGAAACACAACAGUUCUUACACAAGACGCAGCAGACCGGACAUGUUCUACUCAUCCCACCUCGUCCUAGACAACUCAGGCCGGUCCGGACCAGUUUACUCAAUGCCUUUUAGCCCGUCCUCGUCACAUGAAGAGACUGUAAACCAGUUUUUCACAGCAGAGAACAGUCCUCAGCUAUACUCAGCUACUUCCGUAAGCAAACGCAGUGCUUUCACGGCUAGUUCUAUUGCACCGAGCGAUUGCACUAAGAGCUGCUGCUACGCAGACCAUCCAAGCUACAUGGCUUGUACAGAAUCCUCUAGGGCCAAGGCCCGGUCCGUUAGUGCCCCAAAGUCGCGCCCGCAGUUAUUUUACGAGCAGUCUUCGUCGAAACGGUUUGGAUUUGUUGACGUGCCAUACUGUGGUGGUGAUACGAAGUCAGGUCCGCAGAAAGGUUCUGCUCUGCACGCUAGUUUCAUGAACAAGGCUUAUCCCGGUUCAGGUCGGUUGGACCGUCUAGGGAUGCCAAUUAGUUAUCGGUACUAAGAAAAUAUGAGGGACUGGUCUGGUUGUGAUAAUAAAUCAAAUGUAGAAGUGGAGAACCAGUUGAACCCGGUUUUGUUGUAGAUCAGUAUAUUGAACAUUUGCUGUUAACUAUCUUUGUAGUUUGGACUAAGUGAAUUAUGCAAAUAGAACAUGUUU